AUGGACUCUAUCGUCUCCAGCUCAACGAUUCUUAUUCGAUCAUAUCUCACUCCUCCGGUCCGUUCAUGUUCUUCGGCAACCUCCGUUUCCGUCAAAUCUGUGAGCUCAGUCCAGGUCACCUCCGUCGCGGCUAACCGCCACCUGCUUUCCUUAAGCUCCGGUGGUAGAGGAAGCAAGAAAUUCUCUAGUUCGGCGAUAAGAUGCGGCGGAAUCAAAGAGAUUGGAGAGAGUGAGUUUUCGAGUACGGUUCUCGAAUCAGACCGGCCGGUUUUGGUUGAAUUCGUCGCUACUUGGUGCGGUCCCUGCAAAUUGAUCUAUCCCGCUAUGGAAGCCUUAUCUCAG